AUGGUCGUGCCCUCUCCAGCAAUCUCACUCGUGCUCCUCGCUGCCUUUGUGGCGGCAGCUCUCGCCACCCGUAGAAAACGACCACUUCCACCGGGCCCAAAGGGGCUCCCUCUCCUUGGGAACAUCUAUGAUGUCCCAAAGAGCCGAGAAUGGCUUGCAUACCAGCGUUGGUCGCAACAAUACGACUCGGAUGUCAUUUACUUGAAUCUUGCUGGAACGCCCGUCGUCGUCGUGAACACGAUCGAUGCAGCCUAUGAACUAUUCGAGAGGAGGUCUGCCUUGUAUUCGGACAGACCAAAAAUGACAAUGUUGAACGACCUUGUGGGAUGUGAUUGGCACUUCGUUUUUAUGGGAUAUGGCAACAGAUGGAGGGAACGACGGAGAGUGUUCCAUCAGUACUUCCACCCAAGUGCGGCAUUGCAGCACAGGCCGAGAGCUCUCAGAGGGGCCAGAGUCCUUCUGAGCCGUCUACUUGACGCACCCGAUGACUUCAUGGGGCAUCUACGCCACAUGGCCGGCUCACUGAUCAUCGGUGUCGCUUAUGGGUUGGAUGUACAACCUAAAGAUGACCCGUACGUAGCCACCGCGGAGCGUGCCCUACAUGCGAUGGCAAUGGCAGGCAAUGCAGGCUCGUUUCUCGUGGACUCGAUCCCAUGGCUCAAGCAUGUUCCUGCAUGGUUCCCGGGAGCGGACUUCAAACGGAAGGCUACGGAGUGGAGGAAGUCUACGACAGCGAUGGUAGAAGUGCCAUUCAAAGCCGUCAAAAAUGCCAUAGCCGACGGCAUGGCGCCCCCAUCUAUGGUUCUCUCUUUACUCGGCACGCUCGAGGAAGAGGAUGAUAGUACACAUAUGGAAAAGCUGUUCAGCGGAGUUGCCGCAGCAGCAUACACGGGCGGGUCCGAUACGACUGUUUCGGCCCUCGGAUCAUUCUUUCUUGCAAUGCUCCUACAUCCUGAUGUUCAGCGCAAGGCUCAAGCGGAGCUUGAUGGCGUUGUUGGGAAUGAUCGCCUCCCUGAUUUUUCUGACGAACAAUCUCUCCCGUAUAUAACUGCUUUGGUACAAGAAGUCCUGAGAUGGCGUCCAGUCACACCCUUAGCUGUCCCUCAUCGCCUUGUCUCCGAGGAUGAGUACCGUGGUUACCGACUUCCUGCGGGUGCAAUUGUCGUCGGCAACGGAUGGGCCAUGCUGCAUGAUGAAAACCGCUUUCCGCAUGCAGACGAAUUUAUUCCUGAACGUUUCUUGACUCCGGAUGGCCAGCUAAACACCGAUAUGAAGGACGCAGAGCUACCGGCAUUCGGAUUUGGCCGACGCAUCUGUCCAGGACGGUAUCUGGCCUGCUCUUCGCUGUGGAUCUCAAUUGCUUCAAUUUUGUCGAGCCUGGAGAUCUACAAGCCGCUAGACGAUCAGGGGAAUCCAAUUGAACCCUCUGGCGAUUACACCACAGGCCUCGUUACAUAUCCGCUUCCCUUCAAAUGCGGCUUCAAGCCGCGCUCUAAGGCCGCCGAGGACUUGAUCCACGCGGCUGUGAUCCAGUUAGACUGA